CCAUGAAUAUACAAGAGAACAGCUGUAGAAUAGCUGUCCACUGUAGUGACCAGUGUGCAUGAAAGGGUUAAACACAUAAAUCACCUUCGACCAGGUACAAUUACUGCAAUUUAUCAAGCAUAAAUAAAUCACAUUGCCAAUCAUUUCUUAAGAACAGGGAAAAACAUUCUACCUACCUAUGAAUCUAUCAACUUCUGGUGCGUUUUCAUGACAAACAGGACUGAAACCAGAGCAGAAAAAGGAACUAAUACGAACCAAAAAUCUGGAGUGUGUUAAAGAAAUCCCAUUCUUUUUUUCUCUGUUCGUAAAGUUCGCGUUCAGAUGUGUUGUAAACCGGUUUGUUGUGGGUGGUUUUAUUUUGAAAAGCUCUUCCGGGUGGUUUGCCGUGCUCAGUUGUCACUUGACACCGGUGAGUUGGUGUCUGAUCUGGGAUCCUUUAGACUCCACACACCAGUGGAUCCUCCGCGAACGCAGUGGCUCUUCUUCCUUCAGUGUGGAGCAGCAGUCAGUAUGAUCCCUGUGGGAGAAUUCAGAAACCUCGGCACAGAACAGAACUCCAAGUUUCGGGUCCUGAAACCAUGGUGGGAUGUUUUCUCAGAGUACCUGUGCGUUGCUAUGCUCAUGCUUGGAGUCUUUGGAUGCACCUUACAGCUCACCCAAGACAAGAUCGCGUGUCUGCCCAGCCACUUCACCAGCCCGACACCAGAGGCCAUCGACUGCAGCCACAUCAGGAAUUAUGCUGAGAAUGAAACGUGGGAGCGAACACUUGUCAAACCUGUGAACCCUGUCAUUCGGGAGGUGUUUGGCCGCAAGAAUAACCUGGACAUCCACCAGUAUGUGUUUGUCAACCACUACUGCUAUGAGAGGUUUGUUCACUGGUAUGCUAAGUAUUUCCCCUACCUUGUUGUCAUCCACACAAUGAUCUUCAUGGUGGCGAGCAGCUUCUGGUUUAAGUUCCCUGGCACUUCUUCAAAAAUCGACCUGUUUGUCACCAUCCUCGGGAAGUGCUUUGACUCCCCAUGGACCACAAGAGCUCUGAGUGAAGUUUCUGAGGAAAGAGGGGAGGAGAAAUUGGUGAGUCUGAGGAGAAACACCAUGUCCAAAGAUCCCACAGCACGAGCAGAUGAAGAGGAGACUGUUGGACUCCUUCGGUCCUCGUCCGUCAAGUCUAACACAGAAAAGAAGACACAGGAGCCUCAGUCAACCCCCUCACUCCUGGAUAAGAAGGAAGGAGAACAGGCCAAAGCUCUGUUUGAAAAAGUGAAGAAGUUUAGGACUCAUGUAGAGGAGGCCGAUAUCUUGAAUGUCAUGUAUGUGUUACAAACGUCACUGAAAGUCUUGAAGUUCCUUCUAAUCAUUAUCUACACUGCAGUCCUGGCUCCGAACAUUGAGAUUGUGGUGCGAUGUUUGGUUCCCCCUGAACUGACUGGGUUUGACAUUUACUGCUGUAACCACAAUAAAGCACAUCUUUUCUCUAAGCUGGCCUAUUGCUAUAUUUCGUUUGUAGGAGUAUACGGCCUUUUGUGCAUCUACACCCUCUAUUGGCUGUUUCACCGCCCACUGAAGGAGUACUCAUUUGAGCAAGUCAGACUUGAGACUGGUAUAAAUGACAUACCCGAUGUGAAAAAUGACUUUGCAUUCCUGCUGCACCUCGUUGACCAGUAUGACCCUCUUUACUCUAAAAGAUUUGCUGUGUUUCUGUCUGAGGUCAGUGAGAGCCGUCUACACCAGCUCAACCUCAACCAUGAGUGGACGGCCAAGAAGCUGCGCAGCCGUCUUUCCAGAAACCCCAGUAACCGGCUUGAGCUCCACCUGUUAAUGCUGCCUGGGCUUCCUGACACAGUUUUUGAUGUUACUGAAGUGGAAUCACUCAAACUCGAGCAAGUAAAUAACGUCACAAUCCCACCUAGUGUGGCAAAGCUGGAAUCACUUCAGGAGUUGUCACUGAUUUACUGCCCCGCUAAACUCCAGGUGGCUGCCCUGAGCCACCUCAAGGAGCAUUUAAAGGUCUUACGUUUAGCUUUUGAAAGUUUGGAAGAAGUGCCUUUGUGGAUGUAUUCUUUGCAUGGACUAGAAGAGUUACAUCUAAAUGGUCCAUUAACCAAUGAGGUGUCCCGAAGCACCUCUCUAGAGUCUCUCAGAGAGCUUAAAGCUCUGAGAGUCCUCACACUCCGUUCCAACCUUUCCAAGAUCCCAACCAGUGUAGGAGACGUUGCUUUGCAGCUACAUCGUUUAUGCAUCUAUAAUGAAGGUGGCAAGCUUCAAGCUUUCAGCAGCCUGAAAAAGUUGACAAGUUUAGUCUCACUGGAGUUGGUGGGCUGUGAGUUGGAACGGAUCCCAAGUGCUAUCUUCAGCUUGAACAAUCUCCUUGAGUUGGACCUUAGAGAAAACAAGCUUACAACUGUGGAGGAGAUUUUGAGCUUGCAGCACUGCCAGCGUUUAGCAACACUCAGACUGUGGCACAACAAAAUCACUUACAUCCCUGAUCACAUCAGUAAACUGCACUCCCUGGAGACACUGGACCUUAGCUGGAACAAAUUACGAAAGCUUCCCUCUCGCCUUUUCUACUGCACCAAACUCAGGCACCUCGAUGUGUCUCACAACCAGCUCACCUCACUGCCUCCUGAGGUGGGCAUUCUUCAGGGUCUACAGGUCUUCUCUGCUGCUUUCAACUCUUUAGAGUCUCUGCCAGAGGAGCUUUUCUCCUGCAAAAGACUGAAAACGCUAGCUGUUGGAAACAACUGUUUGUCGUUUCUUAGCCCCAGAGUUGCUAAUCUGGCACAGCUGGUCCGACUGGAGAUUAAAGGGAACCGUUUUGAGUCUCUUCCUGUGGAGAUUGGUGACUGCCCCUUGCUGACUCUCAGUGGCAUCAUAGCAGAAGACAACCUCCUGGAUCAGCUGUCAUCAGAUGUACGAAACAGGCUGAAUGAUAGCUGAGGCUUAUCUGUUCUCAGUGCAGCUUUACUGACAACAUUUACUUUAAUUUAAAACAGUAUAUAAUGAGAACUAUAGCUGACCACAAAAGGAUGACCAAAUCUCUCAUUCUGAAAUAUGUUUAUUACUAUGUAAAACCAUUUGUAAUUUUUUAUAGUCCUUUUUCAUCUAUAUUUUCAUAUAUUAACAUGUGUUCUGUGAAUACCCUAGAUAUAUUUAUUUUUUACAAAUACAGAUUUCUCUGGAGCAGGUUGUAAAAGACAGAUCCUCCCAUUCUGUUGACCUUGUCAUGAAAGGAAUGAAAUCAAUGUUAAAUGUCUCUUAUCAGUGUCGCUGAUGGGGACAAGAACAAGGCUUGAUACUUAAAUUAAUAUUUUUAAAACAUUUUUAUUUAGAUUGGUGUUGGUUUACUGAACAUUUUGUUGAUUUAUCACAUCAUAGGUCUGGGGACUUUAACCUGCAUUGUAACCUGUUGGACAGGUUUAUACAGAAUGAAGAAGGGUUUCCCACAGUGCACUGGCUCAUGUUGCUCCCUUUGAGGCACGAAACAAAUGAAGGGAGACAAAGCCUUUCAGUUGCAGUAUUAUGGUUGGAUAUCUCUCUCUUUACAUAUUGAGCUAAAUGGAGAAAACACUCACUUCAUGCAUGGUGUUAUGAAACUCAAGUCAACAAAUUCAGGCGCUGUAAAAGCAGACAAUGAUUAAUCACUCAACACAAGAAUGGACUAUAAAACCACUGUCUGUUGCCUUUCAGAUGCACUGAAUGGUGUGGGACAUUUUCUUAUUGUUUCAACAAAUUAGUAAUUGCAAAGGUUAAAUAUAACCUGUCUUAUCUUAUUUUACUACCUCAUCAGCACAGUUUAAUGUUAUUUAGGGGAAAACUGGCUGUGUUACAGAAUUCAGUUUAGUAAUGUUGUGAGACAUGCAAAUAUCUUGUUUUUCUGACAUUUUAUCUUUGUAAAUUUUAAACACAAAGCUGUAAAAGUGCCUUUUGAAAAAAAUUCACAAGGAAUUCUGGAAGUGGCAUUCGCUUUUGUUUUGUUUUUGCAGCAAGGUAUUAAAAAAUACUUUUAACAUGGAUGGAUUCAUUAUGAUGUACAAACAAAUACUAUAAAUGUUUUUUCUAUGUCUUCCUCUCUGUUCCCUCCACAUACAAGCGCACAGCUGUAUAUUUUAGUCCUACCACUUUUCUUCCUGCAUGACGGUGCAGUCAUGCCCUGGCUUGCAUGGCUACAAAUGUCAAACACUAAUAAACAGGGAAAAGGUGCUGUGGAAAAUUCCAAAGGCACAUUUACAAUUGUA